UCACAUUGUCGGCGCCGUUGAUUGAAGUCCGUGCACGUGCCGCACGCUGUCUGUGACCGGAUUGAGAUCCGUACAAUAAAGUUCACCGAACCUCGACUUCCAAAAACAGAAUAAAAACAGAACAACACGAAGUAACAAUCAUCGAAACAAGAUGCCAGAAAUCACAGAAGUUUCAAGUAACAAGAUAUUCGGUGGAUGGCAGAAGGUGUAUUCACACGAAAGCGUUGAGUUGAAAUGUAAAAUGAACUUUGCAAUCUUCCUGCCACCACAAUCCGAGGAGGGACCAGUUCCAGUGAUCUAUUGGCUAUCAGGUUUAACUUGUACAGAGGCUAAUUUCAUCGAAAAGGCAGGAUCACAAAAGUACGCGGCUGAACAUGGCUUGAUUAUCGUAGCACCCGAUACAAGUCCUCGUGGUUUAAAAAUUUCUGGAGAAGAUGACGACUGGGACUUUGGCACUGGCGCUGGAUUUUACGUUGACGCUACAAAUGACCCAUGGAAAACAAAUUAUAGAAUGUAUUCCUAUGUUACAAAGGAAUUACCUGCAUUAAUCAAUGAAAAAUUUCCCACUAUUGCUGACCGACAGUCCAUAAUGGGGCACAGUAUGGGUGGUCACGGAGCAUUGAUUUGUGCUUUGAAGAAUCCUGGCAAAUAUAGAUCAGUAUCAGCAUUUGCCCCUAUUUGUAAUCCUACACAAUGCGCAUGGGGAAAGAAGGCUUUUGGUGGAUAUUUAGGUGGAGCUGAGGGAGAUAUUAGAUGGAAUGAGUGGGACGCUACUGAGCUAGUAAAAAAGUCUAACGGAGUUCCAUUCGAAAUUUUAAUCGAUCAGGGUAAGAGUGAUACGUUUCUGGCAGCUCAAUUGCUUCCUGAAAAUUUGGUAGCGGCGGCAAAGGAUUCCAGAGUGCCCUUGAUUUAUCGCUUGCAAGAAGGCUACGGACACAGUUAUUAUUUUAUUGCAACAUUUAUAGAAUAUCAUAUCAAACAUCAUGUCAAAUACCUCAAAGCUUGAUCCGAUAAAGUUCAAGCCAAAUCUCCAGAAAAAAUUAUUUCCUACAAAAAUGAAAGUCUUCGAUGAAACACGCUUGAUAUUUUCUGCUGAAUAAAAAUGUUGAUGAAAGCAAUAAAACAAGGUUCUAAAAUUAAAAA